CAUGCCGUCGGGAAGCUACAGACAGAGUUCGGCCGAAGAAGCGGAAAGACUCGGAGUCGCGUUAGGCCCACUUCCGUUCUGAAAACGGCAGAGCACUUCUCCUGGAAAUCAGCAAAAACUACACCUCGAACCUUUUUGUCCUUGGCCGUAAUGCCCGAAAAAUGAGCUUCGAGUUCAUGAUUUCAUGACUGCCGUGUCGCAGUAGGCUGUCUUGGAGCUGCAUCGGUGAUUAUGUUUUGAGUUCCCAUUGACGAGGAUAUAAUAUGGCAUCGCGGCUGACUCGUUUGACGCCAGAAACUUUGCACUGGUGUUUUGGAGGUGUGACCUUCUGGAUGGCCCUGGUGGUUUCUGGAUUACCCGACGUUGUUCGUGUAGGUGGAAUAUUUGAGAGCGGCAGUCAGAAGGCCCAGCUCAGUUUUCGUUACGCAAUCGACCAAAUCAACAAAGACAUCAGCAUCCUGCCAAGGACAGAACUGAUGCCCAUCAUCCACGAAGUGAAACAAAAGGACAGUUUCACAGCUUCCAAAGCCCUCUGCACAUUCUUUAAGCAGAGAGUUAGUGCCAUCAUAGGACCCACAUCGGAAGCUGUGACGUCAUUCACCAAGUCAGCUUGUACCAACCUGAAUGUGCCGCAUCUGCAAACGUCGUGGGAACCCAAGUCCAACAGGAAUCCUUAUACCCUGAACCUAUUCCCGGACCCAGAGGUGUUCGGGAAAGCCUACCUUGACCUAAUCAUCAACAAGAAAUGGAAAAGCUUCACCGUGCUUUACGAACACCAAGACAGUUUAAUACUGCUCAAGGACGUUAUAAACAGCUCCCUUGCACAAAACCACAGCGUCUCUUUGGUUCAAGUCAACCCAAAACUUUCGUUUAAAAAGAUGCUCAAAGAUAUUGGCUACCAGAAACAAUUCAACAUUAUACUGGAUGUCAAAACAGAGUCUCUACCUUUGUUGUUUCGACAGGCCAUGGAGGUCAACAUGAUGACAUAUUAUCAUAACUACAUAAUCACCUCACUGGACCUCCACACUCUGGACCUUCGCGAGUUUGUUGGCUUGCAAGCGAACAUCACAGCAUUUCGUCUCGUCGACCCAUCGCGUCCGGAAGUUAUGAACGUUCUGCGCGACAUUAAAAUUGGCAGCGCCCUGUGGAGAUAUGGAGCCGACAAUCACACCAGUCCUGCGCACAUUGAUACAGACACGGCACUGACGUUUGACGCCGUAGCUCUUUUGGCAAACGGACUCCACAACGCUGAUCGAGUGCUGCAGACACUCGAUCUACAGUCGCUGAACUGUGAGCACCCGAAGCCCUGGAGACACGGAUCCUCUCUCCUCGAUGCAAUGAAAAUGAUUACGAUUCGUGGACUUACCGGAGACGUGCGUUUGGAAGAAAAAGGUGUCCGGGAAGAAUUCACCCUCGACGUCCUUGAACUAAAGGCAAGGGGCCUAAAACAAGUUGCCACGUGGCACCCAAGGACGGGACUUUCGUAUUUUGCGAACUACACACUUAUCUCUGAGAAAGAAUUCACGGACGAACUUGAAGGGUUUACUCUCAAGGUUACCACGGUUGAGACGAAGCCUUACACCAUGGUUUACCCGGAUAGCGAAAACAAGACUGGGAAUGAUCGGUUUUAUGGUUAUGCUAUUGAUCUGAUUGCAAUGCUGGCAAAGGAAAUCGGCUUCAAGCACGAGUUUUAUCUUACGGAAGAUGGCAAGUACGGGUCACCGCAGCCAAACAAAGAAUGGAACGGCAUGAUUAAGGAACUUCUUGACAGAAAAGCUGAUGCUGCCAUCGUGGACCUGACCAUAACUUACGAGAGGGAGUCAGCGGUUGACUUCACCAUCCCCUUCAUGAACACGGGAAUAAGCAUCCUUUUUAAGAAGGCCGAAAAGAGCGAUCCGUCUCUCUUCUCGUUUCUGUACCCAUUUUCCGUUGACGUCUGGCUUUACAUGCUCACAGCCUACCUCGGGGUGUCUCUACUCAUGUUUAUCAUGGGAAGGUUUACCCCCUACGAGUGGGUUUCACCACACCCUUGCGUCCCUGAGGAAGGAGAUCUUCAGAACCAGUUCAACCUUCCAAACAGCUUCUGGUUCACGACGGGGGCUAUUAUGCAGCAGGGGUCCGAGAUCGCCCCCAUAGCAAUAUCCACAAGGAUUGCGUCCAGCAUGUGGUGGUUCUUUUCCCUCAUCAUGAUAUCUUCGUACACUGCCAACCUAGCCGCCUUCUUGACUGCUCAACGGAUGACGGCGCCCAUCGAGAAUGCCAACGACCUGGCCAAGCAGACCAAAAUCGUCUACGGUUGUAAAGAAGAAGGCUCCACAUGUCUCUUCUUUAAGAAUUCUGACGACCCGCUGAUGAAACGAAUGUGGACCACUAUGCUUGCGGCGAGGCCCAAGGCGUUCGCUGAUUCCAACGAGAAAGCAGUCGAGCGAGUUAAGAAGGGAAACUAUGCGUUCCUAAUGGAGUCAUCGUCAAUAGAGUACGUCGUGGAACGAGACUGCAACCUCACACAGAUCGGCGGCCUUCUGGACAGCAAGGGCUAUGGCAUCGCCACUCCGCCAGGUUCGCCAGUGCGAUCGGUGCUGUCCUCGGCAAUCAUCAAGCUUCAAGAACGGGGAGAACUUGAGAUUCUGAAACGCCGCUGGUGGAAGGUGAAGGGCGGCGAAGCGUGUCCCGUGGAGUCGGCGGCCUCGUCGACCAGCGAGAUGGGUCUCUCAAACGUUGGCGGUGUCUUCCUAGCUCUCAUCUUCGGCUGUGCCGGAGCCCUUGCAACGGUCACCUUUGAAUUCUUGUGGAAGGUGAAGAAGAUACCCUACGGCGAAAGGGACUAUAUUUGGAUCGAGUUGUGGAAGGAGCUCAAGCUGGUACUCUCCUGCAAGGGUUCUAAAGAGAACCCUCAGAAGACUCCCGACGACUCAAUGUCGAAUAGUGUGGGGCUUAGCUCUCUGCAUCACAUAAAUUACAGCAUGACUAGCAUCAAGCCACCCCGCUAGCCGCCCGAAGGUGAAGGCGUAUACGACCCAAAUUAUAUAUAUAUAUAUUUCUUUCAUCGUUGAGACUAGGAUUCUGCAAAACACAGGAGCGGUACUUGUUGGACAUCAAAUAAAUACUUCUUAUGAAGCCGGUGUUAUUACAUGCUUCUCAGAUUUGUAGUUUUCUUCUAAUAUUUAAUUCUUAAAUUAUUUUCUAUUUUUAAAAUGCAUGAUUCCUAAAGAAA